GGAGCUAGCCGAUACAAGAGCCAACAAAAGACAAGUUUGUCCACACUGUCGCCGUCCAUUUCCCAUGCUUGGCGUUUCAAUAACGCUACACUAGGCUUGGUCCUUAUUCCGGAAAUAAUGAUUCUAUGAUUUGUGCUAUAAACGUAUUCCCAGAAUAGCCAAUCUCACCACAAAGGAGCUAAUGUUCAGAGCAGGAAUAGCGUGAAGGCCUCGGCGUGCCCUGCCUCUGCGAUAGAGGGUCGUUCCAUGAGCAGGGCGUGUAUUGAAGUGUUCUAAGGAGAGUUAGGCUGAAUCGUUGACAUGCAGAAAGGGAGCGGUGGCAUGGUCGGAGGAGUGGGCAGCGUGGCGUCGGGACGUCCCAUCAAGUGUGUGGUCGUGGGGGACGGCACGGUUGGCAAGACGUGCAUGCUCAUCUCGUACACGACAGACUCUUUUCCGGGCGAGUAUGUGCCCACCGUGUUCGACAACUACUCGGCAGCCAUGAUGUGCGACGGCGUGCCCGUCAGCCUAGGCCUCUGGGACACCGCAGGACAGGAGGACUACGACCGUCUGCGGCCCCUCUCUUACCCACAAACGGACGUCUUCCUCAUCUGCUUCAGCGUCGUGAGCCCAUCCUCAUUCGAGAAUGUCACCUCCAAGUGGUUUCCUGAGAUCAAGCACCACUGUCCAGAUGCUCCCAUCAUUCUUGUCGGAACAAAAAUGGAUCUUCGAGAGGACAAGGAGACACUCCAGCAGCUCUCUGAACAAGGGCUUAGUCCCAUCCGUAGGGAACAGGGCCAGAAGCUCAGUUCCAAGAUCCGAGCCGUCAAAUACCUCGAGUGCUCCGCCCUCACGCAGCGUGGUUUGAAGCAGGUAUUCGACGAGGCCGUGCGCGCGGUGUUGCGGCCGGAGCCACAAAAGCGUCGUCAGCGUAGGUGCAAGAUUGUGUGAGUCAUACCGUGUGGGAUCAGCCACCACCGUAGAUUAAUGGAUUAACGGAGCAAGCUGGCAUCUUGCUCGUCUGGGGAUAUACGAUGCUGUGCAUUUGUCUUAUUUUUUUUUCUUUUUCAGCUGCAUUUUGGGGCCUCUAUCUCCCUCUCCCCCCCUUUUUUUUUUAAUAGCCCUUCCUCUUCAGUCCCGCGUCUUAUAAGGUACCACAAAGCAGAGCCAAGUUUGGGCACUUAAAAAAUGUAUGCUAAACGCACAUUAUCCAGGCCCAGGGCUUGCUGCAUCCUUUCCCGUUCACUUGGUGUGCUGUGUAGCUUGAAAGCCCUCAGUUUGUUCACUGCCAGAGAGUUGUCUCUACAAACGUACAUGAGAAUCUGUAAACGAUGAUAUGCUGAUGAGUAUGUAGAUAAGCUCCAACUCGAUCAAAUCUUACAAAGCACCAUUGUUGCGCUUUUCUUUUCACUUCUGUUCAGUUCCUUGUAACCUAAUUUCUCUCUUAAUGUCAAUCAUACUUUUGUUGCCAUAAAUGACUCACUUUCUUUUCUCAUAUAUGAUGUGUCAGAUACUCGCACUACCACACUUCUAGCUAAAUAGGCAAAGAUGACAGGACUGCAUGGAAGUCAAAGCUCACACUUGGGUAUGCAUUAAGGCCCAAAAAUCACCAAGAAAUCCAUAUUUUGCUGUGAGAAUCAAUUGGUUGCACCUCUCUGUGCAUUCCUGUUGGUUUCUAUACCAUGCUAAAGCUCUUGUGUUUGAGUUUUGAUAGUUUAAUUUUCAUAUAAGUCAACAUUGCUAUAACUUAUCCUGCUGCUUUCCUACGGUUCAGAACAUAAGAUGCACUUUUUAUACUUCACUUUAGUGAGUGUGUCUUUUAAAGUAACUUUAAGUAAGUAAAAAAAAAAGGGGUGGACAUUGACUUUCAUUUUCGCUAUUUUCGGAGCAGUCUUGAAAGUACAUACCAAGUUUAGUUUUCGUGGUGCCGACCAAUCAUGUUUCGAAUAAUCUCGACGAAAUCGGAACACUUGCAUUCACUUGUUUGCUGUUGUAUUGCUGCUCUUGGUGUUGAAUUCCUUUCUUCCCUAUAAGGUUGGAAAUCUUUCACCUGAUAGCAUGCCGCUUGAUGAGAGAGGAUGCAGUAUCGGUAGAGCAAGCACAGCUCUGGAAGCCAGUUGCAUCACUUUGUACUCAGUUAUAUGUUCCAAUCAUGUCACACGUCAGACAUGAAUCAUAUUUGCCUCUUUGCCUCAAAAGUUUUGUCAGUGCUUUGUGGGCAGUUUUUAACACCUCCAAACGCAUGUACGGGGACAUAAUGCUUACAUGUCCUGCUAUAGGAGAAAACAGUCCCUUGUUCUCAUUUAUACGUAAUUUCAAAUCCAUACAGCGAUCCUUAACCCAGAGCCGUCCCAAGGCGAACUUUCGUGUGGAGCAAAAAAAAAAUAAACGAGGAACAUAUCUAAAGAAUCGGGCACAGAAUUUACAUAACGUGCUCUCCAUACUUGGCUAUGCAAAUGUCAUGGGUCAUUUAUUGCGUUCAAGGUGGGAGGGAAGUAGUGGAUAGUGAAACCGAAAAAAUUCUACUUAAAAAAAUAUUUCUUUCUAAAAAAUUUCUAAAAAAAUAUUUCUAAAAAAUUUCUAAAAAAAUUAUUUCUAAAAAAAUUCUAAAAGUCUUAAAAAAUUCUGAAAAAAUCUUUCUAAAAAUUUUUUUCUAAAAAGAUUCUCUUUAUAAGUUCCAAGGACAUACCAUAUGGUGCCCCCCUCUGUUGCUCCUUGGAACAGCUCUGCCUCGAAAGAGGAUCCUUCAGUGUGGUUCAACAUGUACACUGCCACAGUUAGCGGAAUCAAAAUAGGAACAUUUUGCACAAAAAAAGGGGAAACAACUGAGCAAUUACUUCAGCCUAGAAAGUGUUCUUAUAUCUUUUUGACUUCUCGCUUCUGGCAUAAUUUGUAUUCAGUGUAAAGCAUAGAACUCGACAAUUGUGCCCGAAGUGGAAAAUUGUAUGGUGAUCUGCAGUCACAGCUGGAAUUUGUAAUAUACAGUCUAUGGUUUAUGCUCAUUGAAUCCCAUAUAGUUGUCUGUUGUCUGAUCAAUGUUAGUGGCUUUGAAGCGUGGCAGUGAAAUGCAAGUAUCUGAGCACUGAGAAAUAUCACGAGGCAUGGAAGGUGAAAUCAAGCAAACAAAAUCAUGUUGAGAAGGACAGCACUACACUAACUGCAAUGACAUUAUUUUCUCCGCUUCAUUGCAUUAUGCAGUUAUCAUUAUGUUGCGUUCUCGUAAAAGCACACCAACUGUAGCAGUGAAAUUGGAACUGCUGACUGGCCUCCGAUUUUUACUUGGACUUGACCACCUUUAGGCUGCGUUACAUUCUGAAGCCAUGUAGCUGAAAGUAGUUUUAUGAAGUCCACUAUACACGAAUUUUUCACACCUAAUCAGCAGAAAAAUGUUCAAAAAUGUGACUAUAAUGAAUGACCUCCAUACACUGGACAGGGCAGCAUCUCAACCUCGAGACUGGCACUGAUCAAGUUUUCAAAACAUAGAGGGCGCCUCCACUGCACACUUUGCACUUUUUUUUUACGUCUAUUGGAUUCCUGGCUGUUUUUGGCCCUUUGAUCUUCAUCAUUUUUUUCCCCCUAGUGUCUUUGCCAUUGUGCUAUAAUAUUUGUUUUAUAAUUAACAAGUGCUUUCUAGUCUUGCAUAUCUUAACCGUGUUUUUGGCUGGAGUGCGAUCUUCCAUGUCUGCCGCCGGUGGAAAGACUGCCGAGUGUCGCGCGCGUGUUGCAAUGACAAAUCAUCACUCAAGUGGCAGGGGUUCACCAGAACAGUAGAAUCACACAAUAAUCGUUGUUCCUCUGCAAGAAUAUAGUUUUGAUGGCAAUAGAGAAUCAUGUCAUGAUCGCCGUAGAAAAGGGCCCAAAGGUGGCCCGUAUCUCUGAGGUUUUAUUUAUAGUUCCGGACCGAUACUUUGCACUGUAACUACAGUGUUUACUCAGAUGUAAGGUAACCCAUUUGCUUUUCAUGCUCGAUCCCUAACGUUAGACAGAUGUCAGUGGGAUCUUGAAUGUGAUAGCAGUGAAACACGAAUUUUUUUUUUUUUUUUCCCGAGACACUUUUUUUUUCACUUCGAAGAAAUAUGCUGUAAAAGAUGCGGUACUCUGGGUAGCUUCAACACAUAUGUACGUACUAAUAGCACCAAUACACAGUACCAUAUUUUUGAGUCUCACCCUACCUCAUUUUCAUCGAGGUUAAUGGUACCUCUUCCAAGCUAAAGCUGGCAUACAUGCUACCUGCUAUUUUGCUCAUGCAGUACGCUGUGCUCGAUAUAAAUUGCAUCAGUAUCGGUAGAGAACUACGGCCUAGUAGAGAUCAUGGCAGUAACAGAGCGCGCAAAAUAGGAUGGGGGUACAGAUACUCGGCAUUACAGUGCAUUACAGAACGUGACUGAAUGGCCUAUAAUACCCGCUUGAAAUGAUGUACUUGAUGAGGUAAUCAAAGAUGUUCACCACAUGUUCCUCCCUUCAUGGUUUUAUGUAACAUCUGCACCACUGUGUUAGGUACAUACUUGCACACAUUUUUGGUUGGGAACCCAGUGAGCAGAAGAAUUGAAUGUUGAGGGCUAUAUCAAGUUGGGCAUUUCUGUGUUGGUCAUGCAGUUGUACAGCCCAAGAAUGACUUCUGCAAACCUGCAGGAAGUUUCUUCAGUAUGUGCAUGAGUACAGAUGCUGUGUGAACAGUUGUGUGGUUUAACAGAUGGGCAGCUAUGGGUGCCAUUGGUCAACUAAUUUUUGUACAGCCAAUAAACAUGAGCCUUUUAUGGA